UCUUGUAAACUGAAGGUCUGUAGUUCGAUCCUGCAUGUGGGCAAAUAUUUAUUUUUGAAACUUCAAAGUCUUCCUUUUUGGCAAAACCCUAACGGAUGCAAUUCUCUGUUAUUCUUUCUUUCUCUUUUUGAUGGUUCUUGAAUUGUUGCACUAAAUGGCUUCAAUUCUUCGGAAAGCUCUGAGGAACCAAUUUCAAUCUUCCACAACAAGAAUCAUCACUAACCUUAAUAAAUCCGAACCGGCAAUCCUCAGUUCUACCCCUCCUCAACCACCAAUCUUGGCUCAUCCUUCUUGUAGCAGACGAAAUCAAAUACACUUUUGUCUCCAACGCGAAACAGAGGAUCCAAAUCAGAAUGUUUCCCCUUGCUCACUGGUUUAUCCAAGUUUCCCUUUCGGUGUUUUCCUAAACCCCAUUUCUCAAAUUGGGGUAGUUAAAUCUGAGAAUGAUGGAGGCGUCGUCGUAGGAGAAGAUUCACUAAAGAUAUGGGCGGAUAGUGUGAAGAAAAAGAGGAAGAGGAAGAUGAACAAGCACAAGUUGAAGAAGCUGAGGAAGCGCUUGAGGAGGAAGACAAAGGCAUAGGUGAAAUUUGAUGUCCCUUUCCGGCAUAAUGUUAAUUGUUUCUGACUGAAAGAUAGUCCUUUUUCCCAUGUCCUCGCCAUUUUGGGUUGAAAAUAUUGCUCAAUUUCGAUUGCUAAAUCAUGUUUUAGGAAUAAUGAACCUUUUUUCCUCCCGAGUAGAGAUGUAUGUUUGGGAUUUAUUGGUCAGGCUUUGUGAAACUGUUGCAGUCUAACAUAGAUAAGCCAUCAUCUUAGAAGCUUUUAGGGCAAUUCUGAAGAACUUUUGAGAAAUCUCUUCCACAUCUAUAGAUAGUUGUUGCUGUUAUUUACAAUUAUUUGAACUCUGAAGAACACGGAUCGAUAGCUUCUUGUUGUUAUUAUCUACAAUGAUCUGAACACUGAAGAACUGAUAAUAAUAGGUAAAAAAGAAGCUACACUGGAUUUUCUUAAUAAUUUAUUCUGCAGGGCUUAUAAUUUGCUUUG